GACAAAUUUUACACGCGCGAGUCAGCGCUGGCUCACCUUGAGCCAUGAAGUUCGGAAAGAGCAUCGGGACGCAACAGGAGGGCCAUGCCGACCUUCACUAUGUGGAAUACAAACUGCUGAAGAAAAAGAUCAAAGACGUGGUGGCUCGACUCCAGUCCAGCGAGUUAGCCGAGGCCUUGACCGCCAAUAAAGCCUUCGAGGAACAACUGGCGGCCGAAAUCGUGAAGGUGAAUCAGUGUUUCUCUAUGCGGCAACACCAAUUGCUGGAGAGGACUGCCAAAUUGUCGGAAGAGUUGCAAGCACGACAGCUGGCUGGGGAUUCGGGCAGAAGUUGCCCUGCUGGAGGCAGUGCAACCGCCACACGUGCCGAUGCAUUGAGGCAAUUGGUGGACAUUCUUCAAGAGGUGGAUCAGCUGCGGAAAUACGCUGUGUGGAACGCUGUGGGUGUAGUCAAGAUCCUCAAGAAGCGGCGUAAACAGACCAGCUUUGGGAUCGAAGAUUCAGCUGCGGAGCGGGCCGGCUGGCUGUCUCGACAGAGCUUCUUCAGUGGCUCCGACUUUGCAGAAUUGCACGUCUCCAUCGAAUCCCUGGGGCACAUGAUGGUCUUGUCCGAAGUGCUUCCAGAGGGCGAACAUGAGGGUGGACGACUACGAUCCCAGUCCCAUCAGGAGCUUCAGCAGUGCCCCAUUUGUUUGGACACCAUCACUGACAUGGUGGAGUUAUCCUGCCAACACAGGUUUUGCUGGAAAUGCUUUGUGCUAGGUCCUAUUGCAUUUCAGCCGGGCGAGUACCGCAUCACCCAGUGCCCCAUUUGUCGACGGGAGACCAGCCAGAAUGAGGAGGGUGAUGAGGAGGGGAACAAAGCAAGAACUGCACCCUUGGAGGGUGCAGCUUGCGCGCAGGGGACGCCGCAACCUUCACACGAGGGUCUUUUGACACGUUUCCUGCACACCUACUUCCCCGACAAGGCUGCCGAUGGGGACAAGGCAGACAUCAACACUUUGGACGUCGAGGAAGAGGAUGUGGGAGAGUUGGUCAAGGUGCUGCUUGCAGAUUGCAACCUGCAGCGCCCAAGCGGAAGCAGUGGUGGGGAUGCCGCUGUUUCCAGCGAUUUUUUUGAUACCUUGCCACAGCCCAUGCGGCAGGAAAAGCCAUUGAGAGCUGCUCAGAAGCUGCAAUGGCUGCAGUUGGCCUCGUCAGGGGAUCCGUUCGCCCUGGACGACAACAUGUACUGCUCAUUAUGCUCAGAGCCCCUGAUGAUGGAGGCUGUCGUAACCACGCCUUGCAAGCAUCACUUCCAUAGGGUCUGUAUCAACCGCGUUGACAGUCCCCAGUGUCCCCUGUGCAACACCGCCUUACCCUUCUCGUGGUUCCUGCCUGCCGACCACCCCUGUGCGGAGCACGGCUUCCGCACGGUAAGCCCUCAGAGCUAUCAGCCUUGCUUUGCAGGUGGCCCGAGCAAAGGGAGCUGUGGCUAUCCGUUGCAACGGCCCCCGCCGGCGCAGCUCUACGGAGCCAACGGGAGCAUGAGAUCCUACCUGCACCGGCUGAUUCCCACCGGCAGUGGUGUGGAGAGCCAUGAGGAUGAGGACAACUCUCCAAACCAUGCCUUGCAGGCUUCAAGUCAUGCCAAGAUGGAGGACCCCCAUGAGGAGGAAGACGAAUCCUCCGAGAGCGACUCCAAUAGCGAGGAGGAGGUCCAAGAGGCUGAGCCGUUUAAACGCCAUUCGAGGCAUGGAAGCAAGCCACCGGCCGUCUACUUGUAUAGUGCUGUAGGCCGCAUGAAGCAUUUGGGCCGAGGACGAGGUCCUAGUGAACCUCAGCCGGUACGUCAAAAGGUCACACCUGAGAAUUCCCCGCCUGAGAUGGCGCGUUCCAGGUCGACGACUGCCAGCCAGGAGGCGAACGGCGAUGACCGGGCUCCGAAGGUGCAGCUCUUUACAGCUUUGUUUGGACAAGAGGGCUGAUGUCUUCACGGUGAGCAGUCCCGGACGUCCCGGACCCCAUCGAUGAUGGAGAAGCUAAGGGGAAUCAUCCCCUUAUGUUGAUGAGAAUCGUUUCCAU